UUCAAACUCCACUUCCACUUGUCAGGAGAGAAGAGAGACAGCCGAUGCACGACCCAUUGGACAGAUAGAGGUUAUAAUGCUGUCAGAGAUCCUCACCACUGGUUCUGUGGUAGUUCACAGUCUGUGUGAAGUAUCCACUGCCAUGCUUCUUUUGCUGCUGCUGCUGUUUCUGUUCAUCACCAGCUGGAGCCAAACACGGCGCUCACCCAUACCAGGUCCCUCUUUUUUUGCAGGAAUUGGUCCGAUCCUGUCCUACAGCAGAUUCAUAUGGACCGGGAUUGGAACAGCCUGCAACUACUACAACAACAAAUAUGGCAGCACUGUCCGGAUCUGGAUCAAUGGGGAGGAAACUAUCAUUUUCAGUAGGUCCUCCGCAGUGUACCACGUUUUGAGGAGCCCUCACUACACAUCCAGAUUUGGGAGCAAAAGAGGCCUCGAGUGUAUUGGGAUGGAGGGAAGAGGAAUCAUUUUCAACAGCAAUAUCCCGCUCUGGAAAAAAGCAAGGACAUACUUUUCUAAAGCUCUGUCAGGCCCCGGCCUUCACAGGACAGCGGGAAUCUGUGUGAGUUCCACAGCCAAACACCUGGACCAUCUCCAGGACAUGACAGACCCCUCUGGACAUGUGGAUGCCCUCAAUCUCCUGAGAGCCAUUGUAGUGGACAUCUCCAACAGGCUAUUCCUCAGGGUGCCUCUCAAUGGUCAGUUGUUUCAUUCAAAUGAUGUAUUUGUAAAUUUCCUGCCCGGUAAUUUGCAGCUCCUAAUUCUUUUUUCAGAGAAGGAGUUGCUGAUGAAAAUCCAUAACUACUUUGAAACCUGGCAAGCAGUUCUAAUCCAGCCUGAUAUCUUCUUUAAGAUCAGAUGGCUUUACAACAAACAUAAGAAAGCAGCGCAAGAGCUGCAGGACGUGAUGGAGAGCCUGCUCGAAAUCAAAAGAAGCAUCAUUAACAAAACUGAGAAACUGGAUGAUGACCUUGACUUUGCAACGGAGCUCAUAUUUGCACAGAACCAAGGGGAGUUCUCUGCUGAAAAUGUCAGACAGUGUGUGUUGGAGAUGGUGAUUGCAGCUCCUGACACACUCUCCAUCAGCCUGUUCUUCAUGCUGAUGCUGCUGAAACAGAACCCAAAAGUGGAGCUGCAGCUUGUGGAAGAGAUGAGCACCGUUUUGGACGAAACAGCUGUGAAGAACAUCGAUUAUGAGAGACUGAAGGUGAUGGAGAAGUUCAUCAAUGAAUCUAUGAGAUUUCACCCCGUGGUUGACUUCACCAUGCGGAAAGCUCUGGAGGACGAUGACAUCGAAGGUACAAAGAUCAAGAAAGGAACCAACAUCAUUCUUAACAUUGGACUCAUGCACAAGACUGAGUUCUUCCCCAAACCCAGAGAGUUCAGCCUGACAAACUUUGACAACCCGGUGCCCAGUCGCUUCUUCCAGCCCUUUGGCUGCGGUCCUCGAUCCUGCGUCGGCAAACACAUUGCCAUGGUGAUGAUGAAGGCCAUCUUGGUAACCCUGCUCUCCCGUUACACAGUGUGUCUGCGCAAGGGCUGCACUGUCAGCAGCAUCAGGCAGACCAACAACCUGUCACAGCAGCCUGUGGAGGACGAGGACAGUCUGAGCAUGAGAUUUAUCCCUCGUACUACACAACCAAAGCUAGAUCAGCUCUGAAUCAUAAGCUCUCACCGUUCAGAUAUCAGUACCGGACUAAUGCAUUAGUGCCCUUAGUGCUAAGAAGUUAGAAAAAACAUUUACCUCCUUCUCUUUUUGUUUUUUGUCAUACUUAAAUGUUUUAGAUCAUCAAACAUUCUCUUGGGUUUUUUUUGGUAGGAAUCAGAAUUCAUGCUUCAGUCAAUUACAGCCAGUCGCUCGAGUCCUUAAGAAGCAAGGUAGACCCAAACCAUCUCUCUACCCUCACCAUGUUUCACAAUUAUGUUCUCCACCUGAAAAGCAGUGUUAGCUUUUGCCAGAUGUAAACAGAAACAUACGCGUUGUUGACCAUCAAGAUGCAUUGUGUUGUUUUUGGCCAGCAGUGGUUGUGGCCUGGGAACUUCAUCGUUGAUGCCAUUUUUGUCCAGUUUUUUUCUUGUUGUUGAAUUGUGAGAAAUUCACAUUAGUGAGACAAAUGAGGCCUGCACUGCUUUAGAUAUUUAUCUGGGUUUUUUGUGACCUCCUGGAUGAGUUGUCAAUGCACUCCUGGAGUAAGUUUGGUAAACCAGCCACUCCUGAGAAGAUUAACCACCACUAAAUGUUUUUGUGGAUAAUGCCUCACACAGAGCCUCAAGGGCUUUGAAAUACUUCGUAACCCUUUCCAGAAUGAUAGAUGUCAAUGACAAAUUGUUUUCCAUGUGUAUUUGAAUUAAUUUAGAGCAGGGCAUGAUAUGUAGCUUUUUGAGAUCUUUUAGCCUACUUCAUGCUGUCAGGCAGGUAUUACCCAAGUGAUUUCUUGAUCCUACAGGUCAGACAGUAAUCAGGCCUGGGUAUGGCUAAUGACAUCGAACCAAAAAUUUUGCUGAUCGUUAAUUCAAGGAUUAAAAGGGAGGCAAUAAAUGUUUUAACAUGGGACUAAUUUGAUUUGAAUAGCUAUUUCACCUUAAUAAAUUAAAUCAUCAUUUGAAGACUCCAUUUUGGAUUUGCUCAGGUUAUCUUUGUCUGAUAUGAAAAUUAGUUUGAUGUUCUGAAACAUUUAGGUGGGAUAAAAAACAAUAACAGAAGAACUCUGGAAAGGGGGAAAUACCAUUUUAACAGCACUGUGAAUUCAUAACAGAAAAUAAAUAGGUUUGCCCGCUUUUACCUCUGUAAUAUCUCCCAGUUAUGUUUCAGUGUUUUUAAGACAGCAGAGAGAAGAGCAUUGCCUCUUUACAAAACAUAUAUAAGUGCAGAAUAAAGGAAAUACUACCCACAAACAAACCCACUAAACUGGUUUUCCAUCCUCAUAAUGUAACCAGUGUGUAUGGAUCACUUCAGAUGCAUUCUCAUGUGCUUUAGCUUCAGGAAACCUGAUAGCUAAUACUAGUGUAGGAGACUGAACUAGUGAGAUUAAAAGUGUUGUUUAGAUCAGGAUUUUUAAAGUGGAUUUGUAUUAACCCUGGACACUAGAUAAGGGGCAACUCAGUUCAAACUUUUGAAUACAGUGUAACGUCACAACAGCAAACUUCAAUGUAUUUAUUGCCAUUUUAUGUGACAGACCAACACAAACUGGUUAGUAGCUGUGAAAUUAAAGAAAAAUAAUAAAUGGUUUUAUAACUGUUUUACAAAGAAAAAUAUGAAAAGUGUGGUCUUCACUUAGGUUCAGCCCCACAAGUCAAUAAUUUGUAGAACCAGAGAUUACAGAUGCAGUUGCAGCUGUGAAUCCUUUGGGCAGCUUUGCACAUCUACAAAACCUGUUGCCCCAUAUUUUCAAAAAACAGCUCAGCCUCAGAAAGAUUAAAAGGUGUGCAUCUGUGAACAGCAAUCUCCCCAUCUCCACAGAUAAGCUCUGUUUUAAACUGUUCUAUUGCAGCUCUGCUUGUUAGUUAAAAGUUGAUGUCCAGCUGGAAGAUGAACCUCAACCCCAGCCUUCAAUCUUCUGUAGUCUCGAAAAGGUUUUCUUCUAAGGUGGCCAUGUUUUUAACUCCAUUCAUCUUCCCAUCCUCUCUGAAUAGCUUCCCUGUCCCUAUUGAAGAAAAGCAGCUGUGUUCCUUGGUCUUCGUGAUGUUGUUUGUCCUGUCACAAACCUCUGAGAUCAUCACAGAACAGCAUCACUUAUAUCAAGAUCAUACUUUUUAGGGGUACCAGAGUAAAGGGGGUUGGAAGCAUACAUACAGUAUAGACCAAAAGUUUGGACACACCUUCUCAUUCAAAGAGUUUUCUUUAUUUUCAUGACUAUGAAUAUUGUAGCUUCACACUGAAGGCAU